AUGGCAGCGGUCGGAGGAGCACGUGGGGCCCGGAGGUUGGCGGACCGGCUCCGUACUGAGAAGAGAUUAGCGGGGAAGAGUCAGCCGCCAUCACCCGGCCCCAGCUUAUCACAACUCCGGAGCUGGGUGAUACACCGGGAACCGGAUCUGGUGCUGAUCAACAAACCACAGGGCCUGGCGACACACGGCGGCCCCGGGGUGCAGCACAGUCUGGUCUCCAUGCUCCCCGCUUUGUCUCAGAUGUUGUUUGGAAAGGGGGCGGAGCCUCUGCGGAUUUGUCACCGUCUGGAUAAGGACACCAGUGGAGCCUUACUACUGGCCAGGAGCGCGGAGGCUGCGGACCGCGUACAGCGAGCCCUCAGGGAGCAUCGGAUACACCGAGUAUACUGGGCGCUGUGUCUCGGGGUUCCCACUCCACUGGAUGGAAUUGUUGAUAUUCCCAUCAUAGAGAAAGAGACACAGGAGCCACAAAAGCAUUAUAAGAUGGCGCUGUGUCCGCGGUUCCGGGUGACAACGGAUGGCUCGGUGCAGAGGUUCCGGAUAAGCCGCUCGGCACAUGAAGCUGUGACACAUUACCGCACUCUGGAGAAAGCUUUGGGAGUCUCGCUUCUGGAGCUGCAGCCUCUCACAGGAGUGAAGCAUCAGCUGAGAAGUCACAUGGCUCUGGGGGUGGG